AAUUUCUAGAGCAGCCUUGGGGGAGGGCCAGCCUAAAGGGAACAGAUGGGAUGGGCCUGGGCACUGCUGAGCCAAGAUGAGGGGAAGUAGGUUAGCUCUGAGCCCAGGAGGGUUUCUGGAGCCUUAUUCUGAGUAAAGCGUUGGUCUUCUUGAACCUCAGAAGAUAGGGGAACCACAUCCUGGUCUCACCCACCCACCCUCGUGUUAGCAGCCAUCUAAGCCCCACCCUAGCCCUCAAACACUUGGGUCACUUGACCAUGUUUUGCCCCUACCUCCUAGUGACCCAGAUACUGCCAUUAGCAGCAUCCUCUCUCCUCAGGGAGGCAAGAAUUUGAUGCCUGAGGUCCUAGGCAGUUGAGGUCUUUGACAAGUGAUGUGAGAGUCCCGUGUGUCAUAGGAAGCUCCCCACCUCCAUCUGGCAACCCUGGCCACGAGUAGUAGGUUGUUCUUUCUCCACCCAGAGCUUACCGCUCAGGUCCCCCUCGCCAAUUGAAACAAACACCCUCUGACAUGCCCCGGAUGCUGUUGCUCAUCGUUAUCAUGGUCCAUCCAGGAUCCUGUGUUCUCUGGGUGUUCCAGCCCCCUGAGAUUCGUACCCAGGAGGGCUCUGCUGCCCUCUUGCCCUGCUCCUUCAAUGCCAGCAGAGGGAGACUGGCCAUUGGCUCUGUCGCGUGGUACCGGGACAAGGUGGCCCCAGGGAAGGAAGUGAGGAAUGAGACGCCAGAGUUCAGGGGCCGCCUGGCCCCUCUUGCCUCUUCCCGUUUCCUCUGUGACCACCAGGCUGAGCUGCACAUCUGGGAUACCCAAGACUGUGACACUGGAGUCUACGUGUGCAGGGUGGAGGUGCUGGGUCUUGGUGCUGGAACAGGGAAUGGGACUCUGCUGGUGAUAGAAAAAGGACCUCCUUGGCUGGGGGCCAGCACAGUCCUCCUCCUUCGGGCGGCAUUCUAUGCCUUCAGCUUUAUCUCUGUGGCCAUGGGCAGCACCAUCUAUUACCAAGGCAAAUGCCACUGUCACCUGGGAACAUGCUGCCACUCCUCAGAUGGCCUCUGAUGAGUGAUUCGAGACCUCAGCCAUCCCAACCCUCUUCAAGAGACCCCAAUAAAUCCUUCUCUGCCCCACCACUAA